CUCUCCGCAAUUCAGCAUUUAGCAAUCUAAGCCCCCGGCUGUAAUCGAGAUAGAGCAACGAAGCAGUAUUCGUUUAUCAUUUCAACGAAAGUCCGUGUAUCGUUGCUCAACCAGCUCCGUUUGUAAAGCACGGGACAGCUAAAGUAUGUAUCGCAUUAGUAAUUAUUAACUUUAAGGCUUGCAGUGUACCAGUAUUCCGGUUAAGUUUGGCAAAGUGAAGAUAAAAUGAUAUUAAAUUGUGCAUCUGUAUAAAAUCUUGGAUUUUAUAUAGUUUUUUUCUCUGAAGAAUCUCCUGUGCAUCUCAAUUUGUGAAUAAAAAGCAAACAGCGGAUGUAAGCCAAAAAGGCGUCAAUAAAAUAGAUAAGUGCUUUCAAAAAAAGAUAUCAAUAACCAAAUUGUUGCAUAAUCAUCCUUCCGAAGUUUCUGUAACGUGAUGCCGAUACAUGGGUGAUAUAUGUAAACAGGCUGUCGAAUCGAAUCUCUGAGUGUCGAAUAUCAUUCUUGUGAACCACGAAUGAAUGGUUUCGCCGGUUGACGGAUGGAAAAGCGAAACCCAUGCGGUCUACGCAGUGUAUUAUUAAAGUGAAAUAAAGUUAAGCUUUAAGUAAUAAUAAGUGUACACAGAGCAGAGUAAUGUCAACCGUAAAGUAAAAUAGUGAAAAAUACCCCGUCUACGUCUAACAUCACACCUGAAGGCAAGACGGCGUUUGAAGGAAAUGAUCUUCCAUUGCAUCCCACAGCAAAUUAUCUUCAACAGUUGUAUUCGAAACCUACAGUAUCAUUCGUAGAAAACAGCACUGUAUGUAAAUUGCGCUUUUUCAGAUUUCAGCACCAUGCGAGAGCAACGCUAUCUCUAGAACCAGGUACUUUUCCCUUCCGUGAUAACGCAUGUCCGGUGUGCUGCUGGUCAUGUUCGAGCGUCGCCCACUUUUCGGAGCUCUGAUUGGGCUGACGCUGAUUGUGACAGUAUGGCAUAUGUCGUUCCAAGAAGCUACCAGUGGGACCAGCAGCAGCAGCAGUUUCGGGUCAUCGUACCGAGAAUCGACGAACAUAAUGCCACCGUACAUGCCAGCAUCUUCACUGGCAUUGUCUACACCAACUCAUUUCUCACCGGCUCUGCAACAGCCGAGCCUAGAUGGAGGUGUGUCGGCUGGGAUGGACGAGGCGGACGGUGGCGUACUUGCAGGAGGUAGUUCGAUGGUAAAUCAGAGUUUUUUCCCUUUGUUGCUCUCAUCGAUAUUAGUCAAUCCAUUAGAAAUGUUGCCAAAAGAUGAUUAUAACAAUUUGAUAGAUAUAAAGGAUUUUAAAUUCAUCAUCAACUUUAACAACUGUAGCGCAGAGAGCGGCCGAAUCCACCAUGAAAGCGUGGGAACUGAUAGAAUUAAGAUGGUUGAUGAACGACGAUCACCAUUAGUAUUAGUUUUAGUUCAUUCAGCACCAACCAAUUGGUAUAAGCGCAAUACAAUUCGUGAUACUUGGGGACAGCAUGAUCCACGAGCGAAGCUCAUAUUCUUGAUUGGAGCGGUAAAUUCAAGCGUGCUCCAGCGACGUAUAAAACAGGAAAACCGUUUGUACGACGACAUUGUACAAGGCAAUUUUAUCGAUGCCUAUCGAAAUAUGACAUAUAAACACGUGAUGGCUCUAAAAUGGUUCACAUAUCACUGCCCGGAAGCUAAAUAUGUUUUGAAAGCUGAUGAUGAUGUCUUUGUUAACACCCCUGUAUUAUACGACGUGCUGGAGUCAGCGUCUCAACGACGGAGGCUGUUGUUCUGUCAGGAAAUAAGUAAGGCACCGGUUAAACGCACCCAUCGCUCCAAGUGGUAUGUCAGUGUACCAGAGUAUCGAUACAAAUAUUACCCGAACCAUUGCCCUGGUUACUCGAUUAUCUACACACCAGACGUGGCUUUUGAGCUGUACCGAGAAGCACAGCAGCAGCCUUAUUUCUGGAUCGAUGACGUUCAUCUCACUGGAACCAUUGCGAGACGAAUUAAUGUUACCAUCACACCAACUGGCAGAAUGCUACUAAACCAAAACCAGAAAGAUGCAAUUCUGGACAAAAGGCUGAAUGCAACGGAUCAGUUGUUUUUCUUCACCACACCGGACUUGCGUGAAGAUGAGAUCCGAAGGUUAUGGAAGGCGGUAACGUUCUCAAAAAACGGUAGAUAGUAGAAACCGUCACGAGUCACUAUGAACCAAAAUGGAACGAAAGAGAAAAGUAUGUGAGGUCAAUUUCAUUUGCAAUCUCCAGAGUUACACUUUAUUACUUCAAACCUCAAACCGUAGCUUGGAAUUUCAUCAAUUAGAUACGUUGAACACACACUCAAAAUGAAACAUUGACCACGUUAGAGUAGAAGCAACUAUGAUUUCUAAAUCUCUUUAGGUGUUGCUGUUUUUUUGUUGAUCUAUUCUUGAAAAAAUAAAAUCCAAAUCAUCUGGGCUUAUUCCGUUCCAACUGAUUUGUGAGCGGCAGCAUCAGUAGACUACCCAAACGUUGAGUAUAAUUGCUUGCUUUUUUGUUGGUACUGGUAAUGUGUGCUUACUAACUAAUAAAAUCGAGCAAAUCCAAUACUUUCUAACUCAUUUGAUGCAUUUAACAACGGAGAAUGAACGUCGGUCGUAGUUUUGUAAACCAAAAAAAUUCUGCAAAUAUCCUUAAAUUCCGAGCAAAUUUGUAUUUAUUAUCCACCGCGGUUUAUUUUGAAAACAAAUCGUCGCAAAUGAUACAAUUGUAAUGGUAAAAAAUCAGACCCUCCAUUUGACAUUUCUAUCAGAAGCAAUCUGAUCAAAAUUGCUAUUGUGAUCUGGGUAAAACUGUAUCGUAACGUUUGCGGUAAAAAAAUUGACUUUUUUCAGAUGGUGAUGAAAAAAAAACUAAGACAGAUAAUUGAGUUGGAUAAAUUUCUCAUUAAUGGUAAUUAUAUUAUCUUAUUUGCAAAAAAAAAUCUACGCCCUUGCGAGCGGCCUUCCGGCAAUUAACCGGAACAUUCGCCAUGGUGGACGAAAACAUCUUUCUUCGUUUUUUUUAUUAAUUCCUCCUCUGUUUUCCCGACAAAAUUGUUGGAAUAAAUCUUGCGCUUCAAGUUUGCUCAGAAAUUCUCGAUGGGACGCAGGUGGGGGACGUUGGGCGGAUUCGCCGACUUCGGUACCACAUCGAUAUUUAGCCGCUCCAUAUCCUCCAACGAUCGCUUCGAGUAGUGGGCCCGUGGGCCGACGCCAAAUCUGGCCAGAACACUGUGUCUUCGCCCUUAUGGUAUUUCUUGAUGAACGACGCAACUUCUGGAAGGCACUUCGUACUAUAAAUUUACCCGUUCACGGCCAGCCCGGAAAGAAGAGCGGUUUUGACAUCCCCUUCUCGCUGAUUGUCAGCCACAGCAGCACCUUCUUGGGGAACUUGGUCUGUGAAAUAAAUUUCACCUCGGAGCUUACUUCCAGUCGUUGCCAUCCAGGGUGAUAGGUCUCGUCGUCCAUCACCACUGCCACAUCGCGAUUCGCCGGGAAAAUCGACUUGACCAUCUUAUUCAACCGCUGUCGCUGCGUCAUUGCCUGCAGCUCCGAGACCGGUGAACGGGACUGCCGCUUCCUGACAUGUAUGUCCAUGGUAUCCAGAUACUUUUUCACUGUUUUACCGCAUGCACCAACCUCCCGGCCAAGUGCACGCAGCGAUUUAGCCACAUUUCCAUCGAUCUCCCUCUCCAGUAUCCUUUGAAGCUUCUUGUCGCUCAGGGUCGUUGGCCGUCCGGAACCGGGCUUGCUUUCGAUGCUCUGAUCGUUGUCCAAUAGUGUCCAGAUGUUUGUAGAUGCCGGAACGGGCAUACCCGGCGUCCACAAAGUGCCGCACUUCUGAACAGAGUAGCUUCACUUUUUUCGCCAUCACAGUUAGAGUUUGACUGAUAGAGCUGUCAAUUUUUUUUUUGCUAACUCAUGGGUUACUAUGAUUGAUGAUGCAUGAGUAGUUUCGUCAGUGCGAUUAAAGGUAAACCCAUGAAAAAUCGACAAUUUUCAUCCAUUGUGUACCGCAAACGUUAUGACAACAUAUAGAAUUCAAAAUAUAAAUCCUCGAAGUGCGGGAUAGAGGUCCCUAAUUCUACUUGCCAAGCUUUUUAUUCUCCAGAAACAUGAACCAAAAACCGAAAUACUUGUUAAUGCAAUAACUCACGAAAUAUUGUUCGAUGGUUACCAUUGAACUCGUUCGACUCUUUUUACAUGGAAUUCAAUUUACGUGACUUCUAACAUUUGCUUUGUGUUUCAUUCAACGUUGCUUACUCCACGUGAACUCAAUAUUAAUAAACUGAAUUGAGUUAUUCCAUAUUGAAAUUGUAAAAUUUUUUGAUAGCUCAGACACCUAUUCAAUACGAUCAAAUAUACAAUAUAGCAAGCUAACAAAGUCCAGUUUGCCCGUAUGAUAUAUGGGCACAAGUGAAUCAGUUUAGGCCCGUCUUAAUUGAACCAACGAUAUUUAUAGUCCGUUUGCUAAUUAACGCACAAGUAUACAAGCACCCUAUCGAAUCUUUGUUUAUAUUAUUUUUGCAUUGAGAGAGUUAAAUAUUUAUAUGUAAAACCAAUAUCGUAUAUUGCCUUUCCAACACCUUCGACUGAUGAUGAUGCUGCUACCAUGUUAAAAAUGUGAAUCUCAUUGUGCUGAUGUAAAUAUUUGUUUGCUCAAAUGGUUAAGGUUUACGUUUGAUUCCUGUUAGGCACGUAUCUUUCCCGAAUCAGUGUAAUAGGUACAACAUUAAAUGUUGAGCGAUCAUUUUUAAAUAAUAGAUGAGGCGCUACUUGUGAUGAGUUCGUUUAUAACAGUCGCGAAUCGAUUACAUUAAGAAGAAAGCAGACAUCACAGACAAUAUAUUUUCGUACUCAACGAUAAUUCAAUACAUUCAAACAUCAUUUAAUUCAAUCGCAAAUACGUAAAGAAUGACUCCCAAAAACACAAUCUCAACUCAAAUAAAAAUUGUAUAAAAACAUUCCCGCUGAUGUGUUGGUUUAUCUAUUAUAUACAACUUGAUGCCAAACUUCACAAAAAUGUAUAUAACAUGACAUUGAACAUGACACAUGUUACAACUUUACUGCCGUUCCAAGCAUAAUUGUCCCAUGUUCUACACAAACCUAAUGCACGCUGGGACAACUAUGCUUGGAACGGCAGUUUACUACUUUGUUAAAUAUAUCUCAUCGCGCUGUUUCUGAAUAUAUAUAAGUAAUUCAAAAUUUUGGUUAGCUUUUUACAUUUCUUUCACAUUGGCUUUUUAUGAAUUUUAUAAAAUCGAAUCAAUUUCGCUACAAAAUCGGUACAAUCAUAAUUGAAAAAUCAAAAAUAAAUUUCAAACAUUUAAUCGUGGUGUUCAAUUAUUUUACUUUAGUUGACUAACGAAACAGAAGCAAAAGUUGCCUUAAGGUGAUUCAAAAAAAGUUUCAAUCCUAAAAAAAAAAACAUUUUCUUUCAAGACAUCAUCUUUAGAUAAUUUUUUACAGCAAAACAGUCAACUGAUUGAAAUGGUUAAAGCCUCAUUAAUAGAAAUAAAUAAUUAAAUAAUAACUGAUUGAGACAGAAGAUGGACACAAACUUUCCAAACUAAGUUCGUCUUCAUGACAUCAAACUCGCCUAAGCUCGUAAAAGCAAACAUUAACCCUGUUGGGACGAGAAUGUUCUAUCGAUGUUUAUGUUUUGUUUCAUCUAGGAGGUUUGGGUCUACUCGAGGCGUGUGUGCAUAGCGUGCUUGCUCAUUCAUGAUUGGUUGAUAAUAUGCGAACAUAAGAGCUUGAAAUAAAAAAAAAAACUCUGCAGUGUUAUCUCAUACAGAGAAAAAUCGUAUUAAGUUAAAAAAUAAAUUACAAUCGUUGCCAUCUAUGUAAGAGUUAAUGGAGCGCGUGGUAGAAAUGCAUGAAAUGUCAAAAAGUUUUUUUAAGCAUAUUAAAAAAUGGGUUGAAAGACAUUCAAAAGGUUAUUUGCAUUAGUUACAACCGCAAAAUUUGUGAACAAUUAAUAAAAUGUUUAUCAUACCGAACCGAACUACUUUUGCUUGCUGUUUCGUUAUCUUGGCGACUAGCCUUUGAUUUAGCGUAUCAACAUUUUCCCGAAUUAUUAUACAAACUCGACCAUCAUGACUAUCAUUUUUGUCUGUAGCAUUUCUCUUCGUAAAGUAAUCGAUUGCCUGUUUGAAAGAACUUUUAUGUAGUACUCGUAUAUCAGCUACUAGCUGCUGAAGCUGUAUCAAUCAGUUCCAUUUUGUUCAAGCAAACAACAAAAAUGGCCAUAAAACAACAAUUGUUUUUAAUGUGCCAAUACUUUGAUACGAAAAACAUCACAAUUUAGAUAUCAAUUGUUUAUGAAAAAUACGAUCUAAUGUUAUUAAUAUCUGAUUGAAGUAUUAGAUAAAACAAACUACUUCUAGUACCUACCUAUUAUUUAUCUGAAGAAAUGGAAAACAUAGUUAUAACAGAUAUAUAUUAUUGGCAGAUUUGUGAACUUCCAAUAAAACCGCAUAAGAAAAUCAAUAUCUAACCGGUACACUCGUCAAUCAUUCACCUUCUCUUUUUCACAAAACCCUAAUGAAUAAAAGAAAUCAUUCUCAACACAUUAAACGCAAGUCAUGUUAAAACUUUUUUUUGUGUGUGAAAAACAGGUUCAGCGCAAAAAUGUCGAUACCUUUCAUUCUUAAAAGUCAAAUAGAAGUAAAUCCAAAAGGUGAUAUUUUCAAAUCCGAUAUUACACAUCACACAAAUGAAUUAAUUUUAUUAGCGUUUGCAUUGAAUCUACUUAAAAUAAAAUUUCAAACAAUUACAAACCAAGAAUCUCACAGUCAGUCUAGCACAAAUAGAGAAUCAAAAGUUUUAAAUAUACUAAACUCGAAGAAACCCACAACAAAUGGUAAACCGAUAUAACGACGUAAAAGAAGAAUCUGAGGGAAUUAACAAAAAUAUUUAUUAGAAACACAGAAUUGAGAACAACAAAUGAGAUUUAUUACCUAGUUACAACAAGCAGAGCAACUCAACUGUAUAUUUAUAAUAGUUAAGAAAGAAACAAAACAAAUAGAAACAAAAAACGAGAUGUUCGUUUAAACCAACUUUCGUCGGUAACUUAAAUAGUGUAUCAGCUCCUAGAAGUCAAUAGGUAUUUAGAACGCGCACGUGUGAGUGCACGAGAGCGUCAAAGGAAUUGACAUUCUAACGAAAAGUUGAUCUGAAAAUUGUUGCAGGCUGUAUGUAGUUCAUACGGAUAAAAUAACCUUAGACAAAAUUGUACCUACCAACUACCACAAAUAAAAAAUGAGAAUCUCAUAAUCAAAAAAAAAAAAAUGAACCUACAAAAUGUCCACAGUGAAGAAUUGAUAUAGCAAAUAGGCUAGUAGGACUGUUCAAUUUUCAACGAUAUCCGAUAAAUGAUGCAAUAUAUCCAUGAAGUACAGGAAGUAAAACCCACACUGAGAAGCAUGUUGAGGUUUCUAACCCGAUCUAAACCGAUCUGAGUGAUGCGUGAGUUACAACAAAGAAGAGAAAUAUAGCAGAAGUUGUAUGGAA